AUGUAUAACAUGAUGGAGACUGAACUUAAGCCCCCUGCUCCCCAGACCAACACGGGGGGCACGGGCAACACCAACACGUCCGGCACCGGCCCCAACCAGAAAAACAGUCCGGAGCGGGUCAAGAGACCCAUGAACGCGUUCAUGGUGUGGUCCCGGGGCCAAAGGAGGAAGAUGGCGCAAGAAAAUCCCAAAAUGCACAACUCGGAGAUAAGCAAGAGACUGGGCGCCGAGUGGAAACUUCUGUCGGAGAGCGAGAAGAGACCUUUCAUCGACGAAGCCAAGAGGCUCCGGGCCCUGCACAUGAAGGAGCAUCCGGAUUACAAAUACCGGCCCCGGCGGAAAACCAAGACCCUCAUGAAGAAGGACAAGUACACCUUACCCGGCGGGCUCCUGGCUCCCGGAGGCAACGGGAUGGGAACCGGGGUCGGUGUAGGGGUGGGGGCCGGGCUGGGCGGUGGGGUGAACCAGCGGAUGGACAGUUAUGCGGCGCACAUGAACGGCUGGACCAACGGGGGUUACGGCAUGAUGCAGGACCAGCUGAGCUACCAGCACCCGGGACUGAAUGCGCACAACCCGAGCCAGAUGCAGUCCAUGCACCGUUACGACAUGAGCGCCCUGCAGUAUAACACCAUGACCAGCUCCCAGAGCUACAUGAACGGCUCCCCGACCUACUCCAUGUCCUAUUCCCAGCAAACCACGCCGGGGAUGACCGCGCUGGGCUCCAUGGGGCCCUCCUCGGUGGUGAAGUCCGAGUCCAGCAGCUCCAGCCCUCCCGUCGUCACCUCGUCCUCUCACCGUGCUGCCCCGGGCUGCCAAAGCGGAGAUCUGAGGGACAUGAUCAGCAUGUACCUGCCCGGGGCGGAGGUGAGCGAGCAGACCGCCCAGACCAGGCUACACAUGUCCGGGCACUACCAGAGCACCGUGCCCGGGACGACGAUCAACGGCACGCUGCCUUUAACACACAUGUAA